AAUAUUCAACUCUACAACUCUACAAAAAAUAUUCCUUCCUGAUUUUUUUUACUCGAAUAACUAUGUUUCAUUAGAAACUUUCUACCUACGUAAGAAUUCUUUUCACUCCCUUACCGAGCCUCACAAAGUCUCAGUCUCGUGUCUGACCACGUACGUCCCUCAUCUACUUCUACUUCCUUCGUUCUCCCAUCUAUACACUUCUCCCAGGACCACGUCACGUUUCACCCCACAGGAUAAACCAUCGAUUUAGCAAGCCAUGUUACCGCUAGCUGGUUUGGUUACUGCCAGAGCCCACAUUUCCAUGGAGUUUAUCCCAGCGACCGCGGCCGAUCAAUACUCGAACCCGUCGCGUCGAGAGGAGCGUCGAAGCGUGGUGGGUGCUGGCCUUCAGAGGAUCGUGCACGCGUCUCGACGUUUACCACGGACGUUCCUGCGAACAUGUCGCGAGGGGAACGAUAGCGUCGUGUCCGUCGAGGAAAAUGUCGCCGUAUUUUCGGCCCUGUUUCGUCUGCCAGAGGCAUGAGUGAGGCGAAGGCGGAUUAGACCACGACCCCAAACGCGUAGGAACGCCGAGCCGACUGUUUGCAACGAGUUCCACGGGUCUCGACGUGGCGACGCUCCCCCGGAACGUCAAACCGAGAAGAUGAAGAGGCAGAAUGUCAGGACCCUGUCCCUGGUGGUGUGCACGUUCACGUAUUUGUUGAUCGGGGCUGCGGUGUUCGACGCGCUCGAGUCGAACACAGAGAGGAAGCGUUGGGAGUUCCUCUCGGAGGUUCGUCGGAGCAUGAUGAAGAAGUACAACAUCACGCAGGAGGAUUACAGAAUGCUGGAGAUCGUCAUAAUAGAGAACAAACCACACAAGGCGGGUCCACAAUGGAAAUUCGCGGGUGCCUUCUAUUUCGCGACGCUUGUACUUGCUAUGAUAGGCUAUGGACACUCGACGCCAGUCACCAUAGGUGGCAAAGCGUUUUGCAUGGCGUACGCCAUGGUGGGCAUCCCCUUGGGUCUGGUGAUGUUCCAGAGCAUCGGUGAACGUUUGAACAAGUUUGCAUCAGUCGUCAUCAAGCGUGCCAAAACGUAUAUGAGAUGCAACAAAACGGAGGCGACAGAGAUGAAUCUCAUGCUUGCGACGGGUAUGCUUUCGAGCAUAAUCAUCACAACUGGAGCUGCCGUGUUUUCGCGUUACGAGGGCUGGAGCUACUUCGAUAGCUUCUAUUACUGCUUUGUAACGCUCACCACCAUAGGUUUUGGCGAUUACGUCGCUCUUCAGAAUGAUCAUGCUCUUUCCAAUAAACCAGGAUACGUGGCCUUAAGUUUAGUCUUCAUUCUAUUCGGCCUGGCCGUCGUUGCUGCCAGCAUAAACUUGCUUGUGCUUCGUUUCAUGACAAUGAACACAGGGGACGCUCGUCGCGAGGACAACGAGCUUCAGCCAGCUUCUCAUCAUGUUUUGACCUUGGAUGGGGAGGUGGUCGCCGUUAAUGGAAAGCUAUUGGCGGGUCACAUACCCAUAGUCCACGACACGGACGACUGCGUGAGCGUGUGCUCGUGCACGUGCCUGAGACCAGCUAAUUCCGAAUUACUGGACCAAGGAUACCAAGGCUACAGGCCACCGACCUCCGCCAGCCUUCGCGUGAAACGCGCAUCCGUCUGAUGGAAGGAGUUUCGUCGUCGCAGUUUACGUCGUCGACUGUCGAGGGCCGACAGCAGGGAGCUGCUCGGCAUCGACGUGUAAAAUCGGCUCGAAACGGAAGCGCUAAGGGUCUACAGUAGGUAGAAUGGUAGAUCAGUUCAGGAUUAAAA